ACAGCAUUGACGGGCUACAUCGCUCUACAGCACGCAUCUUUACCUUCCUAGACCUCGUCCUACACCUUACACCAUAUUUUAACAAACACAGUUCGACAAAAAUCCCUAUGAAGAUCAUCACCACUUCCGCCGUCCUGUGCCUGGCUGCCUCCACAGUCCUAGCUGGCAAGAAAUCGACUCUCGACACCGUUAACCGUGCAGCGAUCCAGAGGCGCGCGGCUCCGGAUGUUGGUGUCACAGUUAUGGCACAGAUGCGUGGAAGGCCUUUGGCGGCGAUGCGCCGUGAGAAGCAAGCUAGUAAACCUCCGCAUAAAGAGCAUUCUGUGGAGGCGCAUCGGGAUGGAGAAAAUGGGAACCCCAACAAGGACCAUAGCGUCGGUCAUAAAAGCGAGCGUCACAAAGAAGCUAACGAGAAUAAUGUAGAGGGAGCAGAAUACAAGAAUGGGCAGGGACAGAGGGAGAAUAGCGACAGCAGCGAGAAGGAUGUUGAAACCAAGAAAGACGAGAAGAAGAUGAAUGGUGGGCAGGAAAAGGAAGAGAACGAUGCGCGCAAGACGACAGGAGGCGUAGAUACGGGUGUCGGUGAGAAUGGAGAUGCGGGCAAGAAGGAUAAUAAGCAGGUUGUCCCGGAUUCUACUUCCUCCAACUCCGAUCCACCUCGCGAUACUGCUAGUCCCCUCUGGCUGGUUCAGCCUUUCGGCGCCAGUGUCUGGGAGCAUGACCGCGACUAUGCCAUUAGCUGGGUACCCAACCCAGAUCCUAUCUUCGCUAAGACUCUCAAGCCCAUGACGCCUGUCGAUAUCCGCCUGAUGCAGGGGCCUCCCGAGGACCUACACGAAAUUGCAGUCCUCGAGACUGCGGUUGACUUUGACCUCAAUUCUUUCCAGUGGACAAUUCCCGCAACGGUGGUGCCAGCUAAGGACUAUACCAUUCGACUGACACAUGAGGGUGAUUUGGACACGUAUUCGCAUUACUUUGAGAUUGUCGCUGCGGGAGAUCCACGAUCAAGCAAGAGCAAUGUCGACGAGCCGUUACAGAUGCCACAGGAGGGUGAUGCACCAGAGCCUGCGACAAAGGAAUCUACCAUUAAUCCCGCUGCUCCGCCAAAUCCACUCCCUACGGAUAGUAAGUCUGUCAUGGUAACCAAGUCCACGAAAAAUAUCUCGGCGGCAGUGGGAAAUGGAUCGGGCCAGAGUGCUAGUGUGAUGGCGAUGGCCUUGGCACUAUUUGGCGCUGUCUACAUGUUAUAAAAAAGAAGAACGUGUCCACCAUAUCACCUAGUCGUUUGAAUAAAUACUCCUAUGCAAAAGACCACG